AUGGCGAUGCGUCUGUGGCUGCACUUAGCGCUAGCCGCCGCGGCUGCGGGUUGGGUCGUCCGCCAGGACAAUACAUGCACGCUAUUUCCCGAAUCGCUGAAGAAUGGUGGUCAACCGGUCGAUGACGCGCCCUCGAUCGAAGAGGCUUUUGAACUAUGCGGACACGACGGAAAGGUCGUCUUUGCGGCAAACCACGUCUUCAAUGUCAACUCGGUGAUGAACACGACCAAUCUGGUGAAUUGCGACGUUUCCCUCCGGGGAGAGCUGCGCUUCUCCACGGACAUCCCAUACUGGCUGUCUCACUCCUACUCGGUCGUGUUCCAAGAUCAGUCAACGGCAUGGCUGUUUGGGGGCACCAAUGUGACGCUCAAAGGCGAGGAAGGAGGCUGGUAUAACGGCCAAGGACAGGCUUGGUAUACCCAGAAUCGCAAUCAAAGCAAUCAGCCCGGCCGGCCGAUCAGCAUCACUUUCUACAACUCGACGAAUCUCUGGGUGGAUGGAUUGAAGAUCAUCCAACCGCAGUUCUGGGCUACUUUUGUGUGGCAGAGCAGGAACGUCUCGAUCACCAAUUUUUAUGUCAAUGCAACCAGCAAUGACGAAUGGGGAACGGUCAACACGGAUGGUUAUGAUUCAUGGAAUAGCCAUGACCUCCUAGUGGAGAACGCCGUGGUGUCAAACCAAGAUGAUUGCAUCGCCGUCAAGGGAAAUACUACCAACCUCCUGGUUCGAAAUGUGGUUUGUCACCGGGGGUUCGGAAUGGCCAUCGGAUCGCUGGGGCAGUACCCCCAAACCCCGGACUAUGUGGAGAAUAUCACCUUUGAGGAUGUCAAGUGCAUCAAUUGCAUGGAAGCCGCUUUCAUCAAAACCUGGCAGGGUAUUCCCGAGGACGACAGCUCCAACGGCGACGCGGGCGGAGGCGGCAGUGGUCUGGUCAAGAACGUGGUCUUCCGGAACUUCGAAUUGACCAAUGUCGCCAUGCCCAUUCAGAUCGCGCAGUGUAUCUACAAUGAGAAUGCCGGAAACUGCAAUACGUCCAAGAUGGCGAUUGAGGAUGUGACCUGGUCGAAUAUCAAGGGUACAUCACGGUACAACAUCGCUGCGUCGUUAUACUGCUCUGAUGUGCAUCCCUGCCCGGGAAUCAAAUUUGACAACAUUGACAUUCAAUCCGUCAAUCACACCUUGGGGCUGCCCAUGUCGAACACGAACUUACAAGAUGAAGUGUUUCAGUGCCAGAACCUGGUCAAUCCCUCGGGCGUUCCUUGCAACCGGAUCGCACCGAGCAACUAUGGUCAAGUGGUGACCUCGAACGUGAGAGACAACACGGAGAGCAGAGAGAAAUUGAGGGAGCCGAUUGUGGUUCCCAUCAAGAAUGGCCAGGAGCCGCUUUUGGACGAGUAG